GGUUCGGUGAAUAAGUUUGUUGGAAAACAUCCGCUCGGCGACCGAGCUCGCAAAAUAGAUCAGGGAAUCCUCAUUGUCAGGUUUGCUUCACGAUUUCCGAUAAGGAGGAUCUAUCUUACAUUUGAACUGCCUUUCAAUAUUUGGUGUGAAGGUUGCGGGAAUCAUGUUGGCAAAGGUGUUCGCUACAAUGCUGAAAAGAAAAAGAUAGGGAAUUAUUACAGUACACCGAUAUUUAGUUUUCGGAUGAAAUGUCAUCUGUGUGAUAAUUGGAUUGAAAUACACACGGAUCCAAAGAAUGCGGAAUACUUGGUGGUUGCCGGCGCUCGCAGGAAGGUCGAGACAUGGGAGCCCGAGGACAACGAGACUAUUGAGCUUAAAGAUGAAGAAGAGGCAAAGAAAUUGGCUGAUAAUGCCUUCUACAAGCUUGAACAGUCUGUUAAAGAUGAACAGAAGGCAAAAGAAUCUCUUCCCAUUCUAACACAACUUCAGAGACUAAAUGAUAGGCAAUGGGCAGACCCAUAUACGCACUCCCAGAGAAUGCGAAAGAAAUUUAGAGAAGAGAAAAAGAUAUUGGAAGCUAAGAGACGUGCGGAUGAAGAAAUCCGAAAUCGAAACGCGUUGUCAAUUACAUUAUUACCCGAAUCGCAAGAGGACGAGGUUGAAGCCAAAGCCACAGAAUUUGCGGAUCAUCUCAUACGAGCUCAGAAACGAAAGCUUGAGGUCAACACCUCGUCGAUAUUUAACAAAUCAUCAAGAUCCAAAAGAUCAAUUUUUAACUCCAACGAUCCUAAAAACAAGAUCGCCCAAUUAUCCACGAUGAUCUCGGUGAACACAAAACUUAAAACAGACCCUUUUCUUAAAGACAAUGAUUGGAAUGGUGAUAAUGCCGGAAAAGGUGGUGGUGAAGUUAACAAAGAAUUGGUUCUCAUCAAGAAGAAAGAUGAUGCAAAGAAAGUUGAAAAUAACAAAACUAACAAAUCAAAAGCGCAAGAAGCGUCAAACGUAAAUCCCAAUGAAAAUACCAAUUCAAGUGAAGUCACUAUUUCUUUGGUCAGCGCAGAUUAUGAUGAGGAUGAUUAA